AUGGUAUCACUACGCCUACUGCUCCUGACUUUAGCCGCGCUGCUCGGAACAAGUGGCGUUUGCGCUGGCCAUAGGUUUCAGCAGUUUUCCUUCUGUGAGGAAGAACUGCGAUACUACCGUGAUGAAACGGAGCAGCUGUUCCGCCACGCAUACAACCAUUACAUGGAGCUCGCGUACCCCUUCGACGAGGUUUACCCAAUUCAAUGUCGAGCGCGGACCAGGAACUUUGAGGACCCACUCGACCAUCCGACGAACGACGUGCUGGGCAACUUUUCUGCAUCGCUGGUCGACUCACUGACCACGCUCGCAGUGCUGGGCGACGUGAGCGCAUUUCGUUCCGCAGUCGAAUUGGUGGAGCAAGACUUGCAGCCAGAGUUUUCGAUAGACUCCACUGUGCAGGUGUUUGAAACUACUAUUCGCAUCUUGGGCGGCCUAAUAUCGGCGCAUCUGUAUGCUACAGAUCCUACGAAAAAAGUUUAUCUUGGCUCGGACUACAACGGGAUACUGCUGCAGCGGGCGCAGAAGCUUGCAGACCGUCUCUUACCUGCAUAUCUAACCCAGACUGGAAUUCCUCUGCCGCGCAUCAACCUUGCUCAUGGGCUUCGAGGUGUGCCGGCGGAGUUUCAGCAGGAGAAUAACGCAGCCGCGAUGGCCUGCCCGAUGCUGGAGUUUACAAUGUUGUCAUAUUUAACACAUGAUGACAAGUACAAGAAUGCUGCGCGGUAUGCCUUCGAUGCCGUGUGGUCCCUGAGAAGCAAGAUUGACCUCCUGCCCAUGUCAUUUAGUCCUCACGAUGGCACACCGUAUAACAAGUUCACUGGAACGGGAGCCUCUAUUGACUCCUUCUACGAGUAUGCACUCAAGGGCGCUAUUUUGUUCAAUGACGAAGAGCUCUGGAAUACGUGGGAAGCUUCGUACUACGCCCUCCGAAAGCACUCUAGGAGCGACUGGUUUUACGCAAAUAUUGAUGUCAAUGGCGGUCAACUGGUAUUGCCCUGGAUUGAUUCACUGAGCGCAUUUUUCCCUGGACUUCAGGUGCUGGCAGGAGAUCUUGAAGACGCAAGAAUAAAACACCUAAUGUUCCUGAAGCUGUGGAAUACGUACGGCGCUUUGCCCGAACGGUGGGAAUUUCAGCUACCGGACUCUACAGACGCAACAUCGCGCGAAAUCUCCUCGGUGCCUCUACCGUGGUAUCCUCUGCGUCCGGAGUUUGUCGAAUCAACCUACUUUUUGUACCGCGCUACUCAAGAUGUGUUCUACUUGAAAGUCGCCUGGACCAUCCUUGAAGAUCUGAAAAAAUCAUACAAAGCACCGUGCGGGUUCGCGGGCUUGCAAAACGUGGUUUCAGGUGAGCGUCAGGACCGUAUGGAAACCUUUGUCUUGAGCGAGACGCUCAAAUACUUAUACCUGAUUUUUGACACACACAAUGAGCUGCAUUCCGAUUCCAGCAAUAUAAUAUUCAGCACCGAAGCACACCCUCUCUGGCUAAGAGCCUCCGACAUUGCUGCGUACGAAGCUCGUCAGGGUCUGAAUGACUCCCAUUGUGAUAUGAUAGCUUCUAGCAAAGAGCCUUCAAAAAAAAAGUCAUUAAUCGCCCGAAUUUUUAGCAUACUCAUGCCCUCAGUGUGCCCCAAAACGCAGCAGAGGCUUCCGAUACUCCAUUCUGGUUAUUUUUCAGCAAAAAGUGGAGAGCGGUUGGAACGGCCUAGCAGCGCACCCAUCUGUGCGAAUACCCGCAGUUCCUCGGUGGACUUUCUGCGCUCUAAUAUGUUAAGUGAGUUUCCACGCCUGUUCGAGAUAGAACAUCGCUACAACGAGAUGUUGCUGAAGCCCAAUCGGCUCCUAAAUCGUACCCAAAUGGAACUGAAUCCAAAAUUCUAUGAAAUGUGGAGUGGUUGGGAUCGAGCUGAAAUAUAUGGCCGCAUGUGCACGUGCUUAGCGACUGCAACAACUGAGUCUUACGAGAUGGUGUUCAGCAAGUCUUUGAGCGAUCCAAAGCAACCAGAAGCUCGCUCGAUACGACAGGUGCCGCUGAGUAAUGGCACAUCAAUGCACACAAUAGAAUUAGCAACACUCGCAGAAGUCAGGCUGCGGGUUGAAAUGCUGUCUCCAGGUGCGCUCGAUAUUUACGGCCAAUGGAUCGACCCAUCGCUUUUCAAAAAUGCGUCACGUGAUAAUGGGCUCUUUGAAAACAUAUUUGAUGAACCUGGCGCUGAUUCUGUUGACGACCAGGACUCAGAUGCGACCAUUGUGAACAAAUUCUACCGCGCUACAGCGGUAGACGGUAUGAUGUUGCCUCAUAACGGCGUUGUACGCUUGCGAAAAUCGCCCACAUUCGGUCCCGAUAUUAUCUCUGAUGGACUUCUAGGCUAUAACAAUAAGCGCAUGCUGCUGUUAGGCGGCGUGCCGGUGAUCAAUUUAGUAGUGGACGAGACCUGA